AAUCCAGAGGCAGUCUGGCUUUAAGACAUGUGAUACAGUCUGUACACCCAGCAAGGCUGGAGAGGAGCAUUUGAUUCUUAGCGCUGGCUGAGGGGGACUCAGUGAUGCUCAGAGGCUGCCUCUCACUGGAAGGAUGCGGACGGUGAAAGGAGAGAUUCCUCUACAGUUAAUUAAGGUGCACUUCGCACGUGCCUAUAAAUGCACAGGCGCAAAUUAAUUCAGUGUGAGUGGAAGCAGCUCCUCAAGACGAUGCAGUGAUAUUUCAAAGGUGGAAUUGAAAGAGGUGUAAAUCUGCAUCCUGACUCCAGCUUGACGGUAAUUUCAGAAUCACUGGACUGUUGCUAUCAAAGUGCGGAGUAGUGAGGCAAAGACAGUGGAGUUUCCUCUUUCAGACAAAUUCACAUGUUACUGGAUGGGAUGAUCAUCAUCAGCACCAUGGAUGGAUUUAAUUCAAUCUGCUGAGAUAUUUAAAUACUCUCGUGUGGCUUGUUCAGAUGUGCCCUGUCAUGUCCUGGCUGCUGUGCCUGUGCCUCUGGGUCAGUGUAUCUGCUAUUCAGCUGUGUCAGGCCACUUUCUAUGACACCGUCCAACAGCACCAUGGGACACGGCCUGGACGAACUACCAUUCACAUGAUUGAGGGAGGCACAUGUGAAGUAAUUGCUGCUCAUCGAUGCUGUAAUAAAAAUCGGAUAGAGGAACGGUCACAAACAGUCAAGUGUUCUUGUCUGCCGGGGAAGGUGGCUGGAACCACCCGAAACAGACCUUCAUGUGUUGAUGCGUCCAUAGUAAUUGGGAAGUGGUGGUGUGAGAUGGAGCCUUGCCUGGAGGGAGAGGAAUGCAAGACGCUCCCUGACAACUCAGGCUGGAUGUGCUAUGCUGGCAAUAAGAUCAAAACCACAAGGAACACUCAGCCAUAUACAACAUCGACAUACUAACAGUUUGAGCGUGGAAAGAAAGGGAACGCCUCUGGAGCAAAGGUCAGAUUUCAGGUCGGUCUCAUCAUGUACGCUGUGAUGACCUUUGUCCUGAUUUAUUCUUGUCGUAGACACGUUCAUGUGCAAAGCAUGUUCCAGUUUUAUUUACUAAAAA